ACCUUUUAGUCAGUGCAACACAAAACCUGGCUGCAGCACCAGGGCAGAGUGUGGUUCGACCCCACUCCUGCCCUGCAAAUUAAGAUCCAAGGAGAACUGUGAACAACCACAAAGUCCGGCUUGCCAAAGCGGGUUAUUUGGUGCAGUCCACUCCCACCUCCAGGCAGGGAGCCAUGGUUUACGUCAGGCAGAAACAAAGCUGCUUCUGCAAAGGUGGAAUAAGCAGCCCUGACUUCAUCAUCUUGCCGUGGGCUGAUCGCUGCUGCGGUUGGAAGCACAGCAGAAGCUGGGCAGAGAAACUGCAGCGCAACUGAAGUUAACGAGCCGAUGGGUUUCUGCUCCGUGUAACAGCACAGGCUCAGUAGCUUUAACAUAGACCAACAUGUGGCUGAGAACCUUCAGACUCCCUCCAAAUAUUUGGAAUUAGAGAAGAAGAAAUGAAUCUUGCAAAUCGUGGCGCAACAUCCAGAGACAUAUUUGACUGGGACUAUGUUCUGUGGAAUGUUCGUUUGAAGUUACUAGCAGCUGGAUUUUUUUUCUACCUGGGAGUAUUUCUUCUAGCUCACUGGCUGUCGUCAUGGAUCAGUGCCAGUUAUCGUGCUUUGCCAGGAAAGGAGAAGGCCUUCUGGAAUAUGUCUAUAACACGUGGCCUGUUUGCAGUUCAGAGUUGUGGAGCUGGCUUGUGGGCCUUGCUCAUAGAUCCAGUUUUUCAAGCUGACCAAGUGUAUGCACAGCAAAAGUGGAGCUGGUUUCACUGCUUAAUAGCUGCUGGCUUCUUCUUGCAUGAAAAUGUAGUUCUUCAUAUGUCUAAUAUUGUUUUCAGGAUGUUUGAUGUGUUUUCAGUGGUUCAUCAUUUAUUUGCUUUUGUUGGGCUUCUUGGUGUGAUAACAAACAUAAAGUCUGGACACUAUCUACCCCUGAUCGGACUGCUACUUGAGAUGAGUGCUCCUUCCACCUGCAUCUCCAAUGUGCUUUUAAAGAUUGGCUAUGCUAAUACCCUUUUUUGGAAGGCAACCCAAUGGGUAAAUAUCCAUAUGCUUCACUGCCGCAUGGUCCUUAUUUAUCACAUGUGGUGGGUGUAUAUUUCCAAUUGGAAUGAAGUGGUGGAAAAUCUGGGACUUCCAUAUUUUAUUGUCUUUUUCAUGGGGUUAAGUACACUUACAUUAAUACUUAAUCCAUACUGGACGUACAGAUCAACUCAGCGGCUCUUCGGUCUAGUUGACAGGAACUUUCCAAAUACAGCAGUGGAAAAUGGAUCUUCUGGUAAAUUAAAUAGUGAAACAUUUCAGAAGAAGAGGAUAUAGUGCUGCAACAGCUGUUAGGAUAACUGGAAAAUAUGUCUGGAAGAAUAUGGUGCAGGUUUACUACCAAGUCCAUGAAAAUAGAAUUGCUUACAAGAAGUCUUUGAAUAUAUUGAUCCCUUCACAGUUUGCUAUCAGUGUACUAUAAUCAUUUAUCAAAAGUGUUUUAAAAUUGUUUCUGUCUAUAUUUAAAGUACACACACA